CGUUCAGUUCCAGUACGGGACCGUGUUCUCACAGGGUUCAGUAACACGGUUGCUGGCGCCGCCGCCUGACAGUUCAUUGAGUUAGUCUUUAUCCUGCUAUCCUAUGGUAUUCGUGAUUUACCUUCUGUAAAAGUCUAACGUUGGUGAUACGAUAUGUCUAAACGGAAAGGUAAAUAGAGAAAACACAUCUCGAAUAAUGAAUACACUAUUUGAUGUAAGAAAAAAAAAAUGUGCAUGCGAAAUGGCAUUAGUCUGCACUUAUCCCAGAGAGCGCAGGCACCAACAGGCCGAGGCGAUAGGAAAAGUGUUCGAGUGCCCAGCAACAAAUCGAACACCACGGUGGCCUUGAACGACACGAGUUGGGUUUGAGUAGCGGGCGCGGGAAGAUAUGGGCGGCGACAUGAAUGAAAAGCUGGCCAAGAGGAUUCAUAACCUUAUUAAGGCUGAGGAAUGGAGUGAGUUAGAAGACUUACUACUCAACACUGAAGAUGACUGGGUGUUGGAGAUGGUGGAGCAACAAAUGUACAAGGCAGAGGGACCACAAUGGGUGAAUGGUAUUCUUUCUUCUCUUGGCUGUCAGACCAGGGAGAGCACUAACCUCAGACUUAAGGUGUACCAGGCUGUACUACGGGUGAUGAUGGAAGAGGAGGCUGGCAGAGAAAGAAGCAUUGGAGAACUGGUAGCAGUGUUGAUGAUCCAUGUAGACAUCUUUCCCAGCCAUAUUCUGGUCAUUCUGGUGGAUCAAUAUGUGGAGUUGGUACGGCGUGGUCAGCGUCUUCAGGGAAGAUGGGUGGACCUCAUGGCCAAGAUAAUCACUAGUGUGAGUCACAAAGAGGAAGUGACUGUGGAAGGGCACAAGAUGACUGGGGAAGAUUACCGUUACCAGAUUGUCAAGACACUGUGUGACCUACCCUGGUCUGCUGAGACUGCCAUCAGUCUCCUGUCUGUCAUCAAGGACGUAGGCCUUCCCAAGGAGGAGUUGGAAGAUGUCAUCCACAAGGUGAAGCAAGUGCUAAAUAAAGUGGACUAUCAGAGUGUGCCACCUCUUAUUUACCACCUGGUGCAAGUGGUUCAUUCCAAACUUCCUCACCGUGUGCUGCAGCUAGUCAUCAACUACUUCAACAAACAGGAUCUCAAGAUGAAAUCCUCGCUGGACAAGGACUGUUCCACAGACAUCAACACUGAAGAUGUGAUGAAUGGUGAUGCCAUUGAGGACAGUAAGGAGGCAGAUCUGAUAGAAGCAAAGGGCACAGUGAUUUUGCAUUUAACACACCAUGCACAGUACAACCCAGCAUUGGUGCAGGAUUUCCUCAAGCACAUGCGUUCCUCCAUCUGGCUCACUGAGAGGCUUGUCACCCCUUUUAAUUUGGCUCUUGCAUUUUCCCUCACCUCUGUUGAAAAGUUUCAGGAUAAGAUUCUAGAUUCUCUCAAAUCAUGUCUCCUGAAGUUUUUCCGAGAAGAAGAACGAUCCCAGCAGUGCCAGUGGCUACGAGAUGCUUGGGGCAAUGACUGUGAUGUCCGUAGUGCUUUUAUAACUACCGUGGAGAACUGUGGUAUGGGUUGGGAUCAAGUGAGCCAGGGAUUGGUACAACUGGCCUGUAGUCUGCUGGAGUCAGGUGGGGGUAUCAAGAGGGAUACCUAUGCCAGCCAGCGAGCAGUUGAAUUGGCUGCCCUGUUACUGCCCCUUAUCAUCAAGCGACAACCACACCUCACACGCACUGUUAUCUCCCAACUUUCCUGUUUCAUACUUUCAUCUUCAUCACCAGAACAGUACAUCGUGAUCCUGGAGAAAUUGGUCCGAGCUGUGCCCAUGGCUGUUCUGAAUCAUCAGGAUGUGCUAUGUGAAACCCUCAAUUAUCUUGAGCAUCUUCCGUUGGGAGCUGCCACCCACUUGCUGUUGGCACUCAACCCAUUGCUCAAGAUCAACAUGGCCCUCAAGGAUUCCCUAAUAAUCUUAUUGAAGAAGAUGCUCAUCUCAAGAAAGAUUGAAAGUCGUCAGAUUGCUGUCAGAGGCUUCUUGCAGUUCCUGAAAUUUUCCCGUGUGAUGGGAACACUACCAUCCUCCCAGGCAUCCAUGUCUUUCUCUUGCUCCCUCAGCUCUACCAGUGUAAAUGUUAAUGUUCACUCAGUGUUGGACAGCUCCACAAAUGAGUCCCUGUGUCUUGAGCUGCUUGGGGUGUUGAAGCGGUGCUUUUCUCAACAGCAGGAGGUAAAGUGCAUCUUCUACAAAGGACUGUACGAAGUGUGUGCUACCAACCCACACUUGGUUGUAAGUAUUAUGGAGCUGCUACUACAACACAGCCAAACUUUCAUGGACUUGCGGCUAGAUGCCCUUAACCCUGUUCAACUGAGGAAGGUUGUCCAGGUUCAAGGGGAGAGUGUGAUCCUGGUAGAACCUCUUGGUGACUUGUUGUCUGCCCUGGCUGGCUGCCAAGCUUAUUACCACAAACACAGGGAUGUAGUUGCUGCUGGUGAUGGGGAGAAUGAUAAUGUAGUUUCAGUCUUAAAUGAAAUUUGUUCAAUCUUUGACAAGCUAAUAGAGAAACUCUCGGGAUGUGAUCUUGGAGAUAUGGGCAUUAAUACUAAUGGAGAUUUUUCUACAGGCAUUGCUGCAGGUAAGAAAAACCUACUGAAUGCCCAGGUAAUGGCUGCAGUGUUUGAUAGCUUGAUGGAAUACACCUUCUUGACAAAGAAACAUUCACAGGAAAUAGUGGCCACAGUUCUUUCUCUCUUCAGAUCACAGCAAAAAAUAGUUGAUCUUAUAACAGAAAAGAAUCAGAAACCUGGCAAGAAAGGAGAAGGAUCAAAAACUAAAGGACAGGGUCGUCCACCAAGCAAACUAACAUCAUCUUUUAAGAGUAAUUUGAGCUUACGUGUAACAGCAGACAUACUAACCACUACGUUGGCUGAAGAAGAGGGACAGGAUGGAGAAGGAGCUAAUGACAGCAUUCGCACAGUACUGGGCAACAACCAUGGAUUCCAAAUGUAUCUUUUGAGUGUUGUAGAAAACAAUUUGUCCUCUUUCAAGGGAUUGACUCGCUUGGAGAGAGAAAAACUUUUAUCCCCAUUGAAAGGCAUUGCCAAGAUAUUAUUAGAAGAAUGUAUUGGCUGUAUUGGAAACCCAGAUGUCUCAGAUGUACGAGAGAUAGCCAGAUUGAGGCAGAGCCUCAACAUUGUGGCUACCAUCAUGUCAAUUUUUUGUAAGCACUUCAAACAUAAGCUUGAGGCAGUGCUGAAAGAUGUGUUGGGAAAAACUGAUGUCUCUUCUUCCAAUGUGUUACUGCACAAGAUUGCUAAGCGUUGUCAGAAGAUGUUGUUGAGGAUCCUGCAUCACAAAGAGCGUGAUUCCUUGUUAAAGGAUGCCACCAUCCUUGUUCAAAUGCUCAAUACCGUUUCUCAAUCUAUGGAUUAUAACAGCCCACAGCUCCAAGAGGUACAGGAGUGGGUGUUGCAGCUUUCCAAAGAUCAAAACUUUGAGAAUCCAGCUCUGACGGAGGCUCUCCUGAAACUGUUGUUCCAAUUGUCCGAUCAGGUGAAGGCCAACCAUUCCAUGACAUGGGAACUAGCACAGGAGUUGCAUUCUAAAUUGGGUGACCACAAGGAGGACACUGAAGUGGAAAACCAUGAUAAAUAUUCCGUGGUGACUGAGGACUCAGCUCCAACUGUUUUAGGUGUUACUCUAACUCACCUAGAUACAGCUCUGGCCUUAGUGGAGCUGGCUGUCUGCAAGAUGAGAGCUAGUCUCAGUGCAGGAGACUGUGAUUUGAGAAAAGUAGAGCACUGUAUAAUCAGUAAAUGCAGUGCAGUGAUUUCUGGUGUACAUGAGAUCAUUCAAUCUGCCCUGCCACCUGGUUCGCUAGUUGAUCAUACCCUUACCACAGUCACCAAGCUCUACAAUGCACUUUCAUCUUAUGUCAAAUAUUAUCUUGACUUGUACCGCCUGUACAGCCAUACACAGCUUUCAGGAAAGUUUGAGAAGUUGGUGAAAAUGUCUGGAGAUUUAGUGAGUGGACCAGUCUACCCUAUGAUCACCUACAUUGAUAACAUUCAACGACAAGUUUCAGACAUGGGAAAGGGCACCAAAAAGGGGACAGUUCUCACUGCCCGUGCCAUUAAAGAGUCUAAGCUCAUUCCUUCCCUCAUAUUUGCAGUAGAACAAUAUGAAAAGCACCUCAUCACACUCUCCCGAAAGUCAAAAAUCAAUCUGAUGCACGAGAUGAAAUUGAACACCAAUAGGGAUUUCCGAAUCAUGGUAUCUGCCCUCGUUAAUGGUGAGGAUGGGGAGGAAGAAAAUGGAGAGGAAGAGACAGCUGGAGCAGAAAAUGGAGAUGAUGUCACACAUAGUCCCACAUCAGAUGGGGAUAGCGGAGAUAACAGGUCAGUGAACUCACAACCGUCUUCACCAGAUGUCUCUUCCUCUUCCAAAAAGCAUAAUUUCAAGAGUAAUAGUUCAAAUUUGCCCAGAAGAGGAAAUCCAUGUCUCAACAAGUCUCACAAACUAAAAAGGGCAAGAUGUCUCUCAAAAGGAAAUAAAGUUUAGUUUACGUG